GCUUUCAGUUUCGUUCGAACCACAGCUCGGUCCAGAAGCAUUCUAGCAUUCAGUCGUUUUUUGUCGUCGUCGUCGUCGCCGUUGUUGAAAGUAAUCGUCGUCGUCCUCGCGUCUUAGUCGAUCGGUGUUUGUUGAAAACGGGCGCGAGUUCGUGAUCGCGGAGUUUGGGCUCAGCCAGGCCGUCUCUAGUCAAGUGCUGGGAGAGGUGUGAAAGGAAAAAAAGGUCACAGAACUAACAAUUGUUGAGAGUUGUGGUAUUUUAGUCCCCCGACAAGUGUUGUUUGUUGCGGUACAAGAGGCGUAUUAUUGCUACUGUUGCUGCAAACGAAACGAGUUAGAGUUCAGUGGGUUAUGCUGUGACCCCAGAGAUUUAUUAGUGGCAGCAUAGGUGCGGGUGGCGGCGAGAAGAGAAGACCACGUGUAUGGGGCCGUUAUUUCGCACAGAUGACUAUAGCGGCACGACCCCUAACUGUAUGUGCCUUAUGAGGUCUAGUGAAGUGAGCAGUAGUGUAAUGUAACGCGUGAAAUGUGCAAUCGUCAAUUACGCGGGCGUGAGAACCUAAAAAGAAUUGAACAAAUCGUGGUUUCGAGAUCCUGCCUCAGUCAGUAGCAGAACAGCAUUACGAUCCGUGAGCUGCAACGUAACGCAUCUCCAAUGAACGAAGCAAGUCCUGCACCCGAAAAGAAAGAACCCAAACGAAAGUGCGAAACAAGAGCCGUGCAAACGAAGCUUUAGGCGAAGAACGAAGAUAUCCCUUUUAGAGUGCAAAGUGUGCGUGUGUGCCUUACAAAAAGUCUGAAUAAAACAAGCAACGAAUCAUACAAAUCGAAUCCAACAGAAAUAUAAGAAAAUGUAUCCACCGAUCUUAGUGUUAGUUUUAGCUUUAGUGAGCUUCUCGAAGCAAACGCUCUCGUUAGAGACACUACUCCAACUGGACUCCAUAGACGAUGGUGAAGGCGAUGUGGCGACCGGUGGAGGAGGUGGAGGCGACAUUUCUAGUCCACUAUAUGAAGACGAAAACUACGGUCCGGAUCCGGAAGAGGACCGCAAUCUAAACAACUACCAACAGCCAGCUAUUCUGCUGGAUGACGUUUACUAUCGAGUGACGCCCGUGUCGGGUGAAGAAAUUGAAGGUGACAAGACCUCUGUGAGUUCAACGACCACUACACACAGUACUCCACAUGAGUCUAGUGAAGAACAACUGUCACCUACGGACCGCAGUACAAGUACGGUGGGAAGUAAUAGUUCUGAAGAUCACAUACCCGACAGUGAGGGCAAAGUUAGUGUCGCACAGCCGUUCAUCGGCGAAGAUCUACAAGAGUCGACGUCGAACCGUAGCCGCAGUUUGGAUCAUGAUACCGCCGAUUCCCUGCAAUCAUCGACGGUACUGGAAACCAGCCUAGCCAGCAACUUCCUGUACACUAGCAGCCACUACAACGACAGCUAUCACUAUCACCCGGACAGCACGGAUGGUAUCAGUAUCGAACGGACCUCUGACGAUCAGUUGGACAGCGUUGAAGACGAUGCGCAGUCACUGGCGACUACGACCGCCAUAUCGCCGCUGGCCAUUCCGGACGACGUGUCGCCGGUGAUUCCGCCGACGAAGCCCCACUUCGACGAGAGCAAAAUCUCCAAGAGCGAACUGUUGGCGCGGAUGAUUGCGGACAAGAAUCUCCGGUUGCCGAUCGCCAUCCUGAUGGAUACCUGCAACGAGUCGCUCAGCUACUCGAAGAAGGUGUUCGACGCGUCGCUUGUGCCGCGCAGUCCGCUGGAGGCGAUCUUGAUGCGAUAUAAUAGCACCGGUAUCGCCAAAUCAACCAGCUUCCGCAAUACCAAAUCCCUCAUGGACGCCAUCAACUCGCUGCAACCGUCGUACGAAAACAGCGGCCGAGCGUACUACGGCAUUCUACGGACCUCGCAGGAAAUCCCUUACGACAGUGCCAUAUUCCUGGCGACAUCCAACGCCGCCACCGACAAGGAGCUCUCCCGUAUGGCGGCCUUGACGUUACUCAAAAAGCGAAUUCGUCUCUACGUGAUCUGGUUCGGUGACGAAGUGGACACCACCCUAUCCGAUCAGCACCUGGACAGUCAGAGCGGACUACAUGAACUGGCCUACAAAACCGGAGGCCGGGUGAUUCGAUUCGAAAUAGAUCGACACUUCGGCAACAACCCCGUAUUGACCACCCUCGUUUCGGAGAGCGACCUACACGGGCACCAGAGCAUCCCGAUCCCGGUCGAAGAGGACAUCAACAGUUUGUACUUCAAGCUACACGGAGCACUGGACACGGCUACGCUGCGAACGCCCAAUGGCUACAUAAUCGACCUGCUGCACAACACGGUAUCGCAGGACAUCAACGGAUCCGAACCCCUACCCACGAAACCUGCCCCCAUUCCCAAGCCAUCCAUCAUCGCCAAAAAUCGCUCCACCGAACAGCACAACGAUCCUCUCCUGAACCAGCCCCCACAACCCGUGCAGGAUUAUCUCUUCAUUGUCAGUCGGGUUAACACAACCACCUCGGGGAUGUACUAUCUGAACGUGUCGGCGAAGGACAUCCCGGCCCCGGCGACCACUCAGCUCUUAUCAACGGAACAAGACUCCAACAGUUCGUUCAGCGUGAUCGUCAAGGCGGACUACGACAUGCGUCACGGGAUAGAAUUUCUAGAACUGGGCGAUGCCGAGUUGGAGCGACGCUUCGACGAUCCCAGUAACGACGUGGACUUUGUACCGUCCAGCAGAGCCAGCGACGGCAACGCGCAUGGAGAAGGUCGUCAUUCCCUAUCGGCUCGCAAGCAGACGCGCCAAACUGAGUCGCAAAUUUUGGCCGAAAGCGAAGAAAGUGGAUUCAUUGGCAGGGCAACGGCCACCCAGUCCGUGACCAAGAUCGAUUUGGGACUGAACUCUCAGCUGACGGGAACACGCGGAACGACCAUUACGGUGAUCUUCGAAGUGACCAACUUCCGCCAGACACCGGUCUUCUACUAUUUCCGCGUGACGGACGAACUGGGCUUCCUGCGGUCGCUCUAUCCGGGCUCGGCCACGAUCGGACCGCUUCAAACGGUGAACGUCGCCGUAGCGUUGAUCAUCGGUUUGAACGUGGAGAUAGGAACGCGGGAUAAGAUCACCUUCAGCACUGAAGGACCCGAUCGUAUAUCACAUGCGGCUUGGGUAACGGUUACGGAAGCGGCCGGAAUCCCUGACGCCUACAUUCCUUCGGUGUGGUACACGUACACCAGUCGAUGUGAGGGUCGCAACGAUCCAGGGCGCUGUGCGGGAGCAUUUUGGACCGUGGACGUAACGGCGAGGGAUUACGAGACAGGACUGCUGAAGAUCUCGUCCAAUCCUCCGGGGUUGAUCUAUCGCACGCCGUUCACUGCAGGAACGAAAGACGAGGUGAAGGGAACUUACACGGCAUCCUGCUGUCAACCGAUGGUCACCAUUUCGGCGUAUGACGUCACCCGGAAUGUGCGAACCAUCAACCUGGACGUCAGGGAUAUCUGGCUGAACGAAGCGGGCAUCGCUGCCGUAGUACUCGGUGUUUUGCUGUUGAUCGCGUUGAUCAUCCUGCUGGUGCUGCUCUGUCGGUACUGCAUCAGGAAGCGUCGUUCCAAGGAGCUGCCGAUUUACCGAGGGGAGCUGAGGGAUAGACGGACGUAGGAUGUAACGUUUCUAGCAGAGCAAAUAUGACCUCAUGAACGAUGCCAUUUCAAACGAUUUAAGCUAGGUUAUGUGUUCUAUAAGAGCUAGUUUUAGGCGACAAAGGUGCCGGUCUAAGUCAAGUGCAAAACUAAUCAGUAUUUGUUAAUAAUAGAUGGUAAGGAAGCCGAGAAUACCAAAUGUAGGAUGUAAAUAACACUUUUUCUAUGUUUUACAAUAAAUUAUGAUGUACAGA